UAAACAUUGUCCUGGCUGGAUGGCUGGGUCCCACACACAGACCUCGCUUGGCUUUUUGCUGCCAGCAGGGAGAUGAAAGCUUGAGGAGAGGAAGAAAACCCAGCACGAGGCCUCUGGGACCACCUUGUUCUAUUGGUCCUCUAAGGAUGGGGUCUGCAGCUGCCCUGCCCUGCCUGCUGCUUUGCACCCUGUAUCUCACAGCUGGAGCAUCUGCAAAGCCGCACUACCUGGUGCUCUUCCCUUCCACGCUCUACUACCCAUACCCGGGCAAAGUGCACAUCCACCUCAUGGACCUGGAUGAGCCAGCUUGGAGUCCCCAACGUCACCCUGGAGAAGCAGGGCAAUGAGAUCCUACAGCUGAACUGGCCCCGCUUCCCCAGUAUUUCUAGUGCUCCUGCCCGGGUGUACAAGGCUGCACAUCUUCACAUCUCCAUCCAGGGAGGCUCCCUGCAGGUCUCCGAGCAGAGGAAAGUCGUGGUGAAAACUCUGAAGCUGAGGCCCUUGGUGCAGACAGACAAGGAUGUCUAUGAGCCCGGGCAAACUGUGAAGAUUCGAAUUGUCCGUUUGGAUCAAAACCUCAUUGCCAUCAACAGAGAGGUGAGAUGGGCUUGGGGCAUGGGGGGAGUUGGAGGCAGUAGGGUCCCCAUGUGCCUGAAACCAGGAGAGGGGCAUGCUAAAUGCUUCUCUCUUUCUUUGCAGAUUCUCUUGGUGGUUGUGCGGGAUCCCAACAAGAACCCUGUGGCAGAGUGGCAGAAGGUGAGCCCGCAGCAGGGCAUCGUGGACCUGUCCUUCUCGCUGGGUGCAGAGCCAGCCCUGGGCACCUACACCAUCAGCAUGGAGGGCAGCUCUCACCAGUUCACUGUGAAGGAUUCCAGGUGGCCCAAUUUUGAAGUGCUGAUCCAGCUGCCCCCCUUUGUGACAGAAAAGGAUGAGAAGAUCCCACUGGAUGUCUGUAGGCUGUACCCAUCUGGGAAAACCUUCCGAGGCAGAGCUGAGGCCAGGCUGUGCCAGUUCUACAGCUUUGAUGCUGCCCUGAAAGCACCUACGAUGACCUGUGCUGAGCUUAGGGGUCAGACUGGGAGGAACGGCUGCUUCUCCACCGAGGUGCUGGCCACUUCCUUCAACCUAUCCAGCCUGGACUAUGAGGAUCAGCUCCACGCUUUUGUGUCGCUGCUGGAGGAGGGCACUGGGAUGCAGCGUGCAGCAAACAAGAGCUGUAUGAUUGUGGAUGAAGAGAUCAUCAUAGCAUUUGAAAGCAGUGAUAAAUUCUACAGGCCUGGGGUUCCCUAUACUGGGACGAUGCUGCUGAAGGGACUUAACGGCUCUGCCCUAACGGAGAAGGAGCUCCUGGUGGUGGUUAAUGCUGGAGAAAUCUAAAGAAAAACCCUGCUCACGGAUGGAUCAGGGAGAGCCUCCUUUGAGCUGGACACCUCUGGUUGGAAGGACAGGGUCUCCAUGCACGUGAAAAGUGCAGCCUCUGAGGAUGAAAACCUGGAGUAUCCCAUCUAUGAAAGUGCUCCUCACCACGUGUACCCCAUCUCUGUGGGCACCACGAGUUUCCUGAAGAUACGCAGGGUGAGAAAGGAGCUGCCCUGCGGCCAGCCCCUGCAGCUCAGCGUGGAUUAUGUGUUUGAUGAGAAGGCCAUGGGGAGCAAGCAGCAGAGCCUGGAUGUGGUCUUACUGGUCCUGGCCAAGGGGACCAUCGCCAUGGUGCUCAGGAAGGAGCUGCCUGCAGAUGCUGGGCUCAGCGGCUCCUUCUCCCUGGAGCUGCCCAUCGGCCCCGAGCUGGCGCCUGCAGCCAAGGUGCUGGGCUACGUGGUGCUGCCCAGCAGCGAGGUGGUGGCCGACAGCACCAAGCUCAAGGUGGCCAAGUGCUUCCCCAGCGAGGUGAACCUGUCCUCAGAGCAGAGGGCUGUGGUGGGCUCCCGGCUCCACAUGAAGGUGCAGGCUGCCCCGGGGUCACUCUGUGCCAUCUAUGCCGUGGAUCAACGUGGACAGUCCUCCAGUAGCAAGGGCAAGGGCAAGCUCAACCCCGACGUGGUCUAUAACUCACUUCCAGUAUUUUAUGGAUCCACCCAUUCUCUUGAAUUUGAAGAGCUUAUUUCAUCUCAGAACCUGAGGUGCGGGUAUGAAGGCAUAAUUGCAAGCAUUCCACCCCUUAACUGUUAUGAUGUGCCGGGGAAGAGGAGGACCUGCCGCCGCAAACUGAGGAGCCGGCUGUUCCUGCAGCCUGAUGCCCAGCCAGGCUCCUAUAGCCUGUUUAAGGAUGCAGGUUUGAAAACUGCCACCAACGCGGAGCUGGGCUGUCCAUCGAGCAGCCAUCGGUACCCCCAGGGACCAGAUCUGGAGGCCGAUCCUCUGGCAGAUGUCCUGAAGGACCCGGGGAUGCAGAUGGGUUUCCUGGAAACGUGGCUGUGGGAGCUGGUGCCUGUGGGGGACCAUGGCUCUGUGGAGGUGAUGGUGCCAGUGCCCAAUAUCACCACCGACUGGGAAGCGGGGAUGCUCUGCACAUCCCCUCUGGGCUUGGGGCUGGCCCCUGCCACCACCAUCACAACCUUCAAGCCCUUCUUUGUGGAGCUGGCGCUGCCCUACGCCGUGGUCCAGCACGAAGCCUUCACCCUCAUGGCCACUGUCUUCAACCUCCUGCGGCACUGCCUGAGGGUCCAGGUGAUGCUGAUGGAGUCGGUGGAGCUGGAGCUGCCUCCGGGCUCGGAUGAGGUGAACGGUGGUUGUGUGUGUGCAGAUGAAACAAGGACCUUCCAGUGGGACGUGAGAGCCACCAGCAUGGGGAAGGUGAACGUCACCGUCAUCGCCAGGGCCCUGCAGUCUGAGGACCUCUGUGGCACCGAGAUGCCCGUGGUGCCAGCCCAUGGGCACAUGGACACCGAGACAAAGCUCCUUAUGGUGCAGCCUCCAAGACUGAUGUGAAGGAAAACUGCAGCUGCGUGGCUCUCCCCCUGCUCCUGACUUCAUCCUCUCCCACCUGACAGCCGAGGGCUGGCAGCCUUCUCCCAUCCCUUCAUCCCCUUCCCCAGACCCAGCAGGAGCCUGAAGCAGCGCGGUUGAGAUGAGGAUUCCAAAACCCAGCCCUGGUGCCCACCAUGAAGCUGUGAUUUCCCUUGGGCAAUCCCUUGGAGAGGGGAUCAGGGCAGUUGAGCUGAUCCAGGACUGGCAAAACACCUUGGGAGAGCAGAGCGAGCCUCAUGGCUGGGCAUGGAGAGGAUGCUCAGGGCUGCCCUGACCCUGUCCCUGCUCUGCCAGGCUGAAACGAUGGGGAAAAAUGCACCUGGGAGUAAGUGAAGUGAAAGAUGAGCAGCAAAAUGUGGCCUUGCAGGGAAGCUUCCUUGCUUCAGGCUCUUUCCCACCAUCCCUGCUCAAAGCCAACCCCAAACCACGCUGUGUUGGGAGCACAACGCUCCCAUCCGCCUCUGUGAUGUGUCAGUGGGGCUGCACCUUCACUUUGCUUUGCUGAAUAAAGAGCUGAGGCCAAACCA